AUAUUCGGAAAUCUUGCCCUUGUAUCAAACCACGAAAGCAUAGAGAAGGCCCCUCCAAGAACGAGGUCGUUUUGGAGUCGAGUUCUCGCAUCGCUUCUUCUAGUUCCAGCCUCCCUUCCCUCGUGUUGUUUGGUCGACAGUUUUGGAGGGAAAAUGGAGGUGCUUAAACUGUCCAAGUUCAAGCUCCAGCUGCGAGCCCUAGUCACCGAAGCUCGCGAUCUCAGGGACCGGGAGCAAUCGGCCACCGAGCAACUUCACGCGCUGAUUCAGAAACAGAAGCAGAAUGACGAGGAUCACGGUCGGAAGCUGCAGGAAUUGCAGGUCGAGUUGGCUUCGUCCGCCGAGAUGCGCCAGAAGAUCGAACGGGAGAUGAAUCGUCUCCGGGACGACAACGCCUUGCUCGAGAACAGGCAAAAAGAGCUCAAGGCGACCAUACAGAACCUACUCCAGUCGAGAGAUGAUUUCAUAAAUGCCUACCGGGAGUCAACUUGUGAAAUGAGGCAUUCCGUAGAAACCAGGGAUAGAAAGCUUUCUCUGCUAUCAGAGAAGUUAAAUUCUCACAUUAUGUUAUUUGAUUCGAUAGAAAAGGAGGCACUUUCCAUCAAGCAAGUGAUGGAUAGUGUGAAGGGCCUUAUCAGUCACAAAGAGGAAUUAGUAUCCAGCUUGAAGAGCAAAGUCAAUGAGGUCUGUGCUUAUGAGAAGUUGUUUAUAGAAAAGAUUAAUUAUCUGGAAGACAAGGUUAAAAAUGACAAGGAGGAGCUGAAGAGGAAAGAUGGAGUCAUUGCCCAGCUUGAAGAACAAUUGGAAGCUGCAAAAAUUAGCAACGGUCACCAGACUCAGAUGGAAGAGAUAUCCACUAUCUGUCUGUUUCAUUCAUCGCAGAAUUUAAUUUGUUCAUUUAUAUUAAGAUAUCUGCUAGGGUUCAAAUUGUUCCUUCAUCUGAAGGUAUUUGUUACGGUUGUUUUCAUUUGAUCUUCUUACCUACAAAAGGCCCUGUUCGAGAAGGAUGUGGUCAUCCAAAACUUGGUUACUGAGAAAAAGGGACUGCUCUUGGAAGUAGGAAGUUUGGCCAAUGUGCUGCAGAAGAUUCAGGACACCUUUCAAAUUAUGAAUGAGGAGCUGAACCUCAUAAAAUUGCACAAAUUCUCUCUUCUCAAUGAGUAGAUGGAACUUACCAAGAAAAUGUGAACAGAGUGAUUAUUUUGGCUCAACGGUGUUUAAACUUUAAAGACAAGAACAGAUUUUCAUCAAUUUCGGAACACAAAGAAAGUUUUGAUAUGGUUACGCCAAAUGAAAACACUGGGACUGAGGAAGAUGUUCAAAUGACUGAUUCAAGAUCUGCAAUUGAGGGUUGUCGAGAAGGUGCUGCGGCAAAUUCAGAAUCCUCAUGUUGUCAAAAGCAUAACUCAUAUCGGAACCUCUUGCAGGAGGAUAAUCACUUGAACUCCCGCACCUCUGAG